GAACAAUAGCCAGAAUUCACAUAACAUUGUAAUUCAUCCCACAAUGACUUCUUAUUUGCCCUGUUUGACCACCCCGAGAGGAAAAUCUUCCUUCCAAUUUUGUUUAAUUCCAUAAUUUCGUACUCUAAUCUCGUGCAGUUUUGUUUAUGUGUGAUUUAUUAUUUGCUGUUGCGAUUGUACAAAAAAAGCCACUAAUGUGGACACAAUCGACGGUUGAUGAAUGGGUAUUGGCGCGCGAUUUUUGUGACCAAGUUCAUGGUCAGUGGGAAUCCAAAAUUAAUUAGUGCAGGAGAUGAUGCGGUGUUGCUAAAAAAAAAGUUCGCCUCUGGCGCGUGACUAUAAUCUUCAAUACAUAAUUUAAUUGAACUGAAUAAGAUAAUGUUGUGGAGGCUUCCAGAAUCGAUGCCGGGAUUGGCAGACAGUAUAAAAGCACCACUGCAACUGAGCAGCAGCAGAGUUGUAGUUCUCGUGCCAUACUGUUCAGGUCUCACAAGUUGUAUCCAAAAGAAUAUUUUUUUAAAAAAUGAAGGCUGUUUUUGUGGUUUACUUUGCCGUCUUGGCUGUGUGCUCUGCCGAAUGGCGAAUCCAGACUGCAGAGGAUCUCGCUAAGCACCGCACCAAAUGCGUCGAGGAGCUGAAGAUUGAGGAAUCCGCCGUGACGGAGUACAAGAAGUGGAAUUUCACAGAUGACGAAAAGACACGAUGCUACAUCAAGUGCAUCUUCAACCAGAUGGAAUUGUUCAGCGAUGAGACUGGCUACAAUGUUGAACACCUCGUGGAACAGCUGGGACAGACUGGUGACAAGGAGAAGGUUCGCGAACAGAUCGUCAAAUGUGUCGAUGACAAUCCCAACAAGGACGACAAGUGCACCUGGGUCUUCCGUGGCUUCAACUGCUUCAAAGCCAACCACCUGAGCCUCAUCAAACAGAGCCUGAAGAAGGACUAAAUCCCUAUUCCCUCCCACCAGGAAUCUCUCCCUCACAUACUCUCGCAAUUGCGAUAUUUUUUCUCAACCAGAAACUGUGUCCCCCAUAAAAAAAUGAGAAGAAUUCACGAGUGGAAAGUUUUGUGGUUAAUUGAAUAAAUAUUGUUGUCGCUGGA